AUGAAAUUUAUCAAUUUCUUGAUCGUCUAUAGGCAACCCACAGAAAUUGCUUAUAAUUCCGAACUAUCGUUUGGCGAUCCUUUCCCAAAGGUGAUGCGCUUGAAUAGUCAAGUCACAGCAGGACACCCACCAGGCUGUCUUCAAAUAAUUUUAUCAGCGUUUGAGAAACCUCUGUUAUGCUCUGAAAUGGCUAAAGCAGAAGGACUUUGUCGAGUCAAGACACUUGGCUGUCUACCAUAG